GGUGAACAGUAUAGUGAUAGGGUUUAUAUCCAAACAAGAAACUUCAUUGAAUUACACCGAACUAUGCAGAAAUUAGGACUAAAAAAUCUGCGGGAGUGAACUAUACAUCUGCGGAAGUGAGUAUCAAGUCGCCAUGAUAUGUUCGGCCCGGCUGGCGCUGAUUAAAUUAAAGUCUCAUAUUGCCAAGGAAACAGGUAGCCUUUGAUGAGGGAGAUGGUAAAAAUUGGAAUUUAACCGAUUUUAAUCAUAAACUGUGAUCUCGACCUGAUCUCAGCUACCGGGUCGGACCUACCGGCCGGUAGUCUUGGAUUCUAGCAUGGACCUUGCAUUAAAAAUCCAUCAGGAGCCCUUAGCUUGUGGACAAAGACUAAACUGGAAUACCUUGAAUUAUUGUAAUUACCGAUGUAAAAAUCAGUGCUCUCAAAAGAAUGUGAAUGUUUCGGGCAUAAAGCGCAGAACUUCCGAGAGAUAGAGCAGGAAUCGAAGAGCUGUCCUUUUCUCGAAUUCGUGUGGACAGGGCACGUAUGGUCAAUGCCUAGGCCAAGAAUGCGAAACUUAGCCGUAAAAGCACGAAGCAAGUGUACUAUCCCGGAUUAGGAAUUUACGAUUUCAAUUGAAAUAGCCGUAUUCAAAUGUAGAGCCUCAUAUCUAGGGUGCUUUUGGCGAUCAUGAAAUGCCCCUGUCGCACUAUCGGGCGACAGGGUACUGAACCAGAUCUAACCUGAAUAGUGAAGCACGCCGAAUUGCCUUCUAGCCUUACGCUCGGGGGAUUUAUAGUCCCAAAGACCCCCUGGUUUAGACUACACUCGGUCAAACAAAG